AUGAACGAACAAUCAGAGGGAACAAAAAAUAUUCAACAGGACAGUCAAGAAGAUGAUCAACUGGAAAAGAAAAGAUCCACCUAUAGAGAAAGAAGUAAUUCUGCAGUUAAAUCUGCACAAAUCACUUCGGAAAAUCAAUCACAUACUAAAAAUUUGGAAGAAUUAACCGAGGAAAUGUUUUCGGAUUUUAUUCAAUUAUUGCAAGGAGAAAUGCAAGCAGGAUUUAACGAACUUGAUUUAUUACAACAAAUGAAUGGAGCCAUCUCCAAGAAAUAUGAAAAUUUGAAUGGUAGAGUGGAUAUUGUUCAUUCAAAUCUUCAAAAAAUGAUGAAACUUUAUGAAAAUUUACAAAAUAAUUUUCAAGAAGUCGAUGCUAUUGAUCAAUCUGUUUCUGAAUUGGCCAAUGUUGUAAAUUAUUUAGAUCAUUACACAAAACAAUUAGAACUUCAAUUAAAACCUUAUUUAUAA